AAAUAUCACGUGAUAUGAGGCUUGGCGCUGGAGAGCAGUUCUUCCCAGCCUUACGCAAGCACAUACUUCACAACAUUUCAAAAUUUCAUCAGUGAUGAGCGACACGCCUUCCUAGAAUUUUCCUUGUCCAAUUCCAAACAAUGGAACCGUCCCUCCCAUCUCCAGUCCAGGCUCGCCCUCACAAUUAUGAUGGCAAUCCGCCCUCUGGGCUCUCCUCACCAUUGCAUUGAGCACCAUGACUCAAUCGUCCUCAUCAUCAAACUCACUCUUCUCCGAUCCGUUCUCGUUAUUGCGAGCUUCGCCAAUACUGUGUCUAGCCGAUCUUCUCGUCAUGCAGAUGUGGCUACUCACCCUGACGCUCUUCUCACGUCCGAGGCUAUCAUCCUUGGAAGCAGUGCGGUGCUUCCGCAAAGAAACGGGCCUUGAAAAGAAAAAGGAACGCCUUAGUGUCCUGACCAUCGUCCUAUUUGUUCUUGGUCCUCUGCCACAAUUCAUCAACCCAAAUGCCUGUACUGGAAUUCCAUGGAUAUUGGCCUGGAACUGGAUAUUCAUUUUGUGUUAUUUCUUCACUGCGAUCUCAAUCGUGUGUGACCGCGGCGAAGGCCACCCCCCUUUGAGAGCUGGUACGACAUUGAGCCUUAGAACCAAGGCAUGCCAAAGAGAAUCUCUCAAAGGAUAUACAAUCUGGCUUUUUUAGCUCAGCUAGCCUUCUCGGUUUGGCUUAUCAGAAUGUCAUUCUACACACAUGCUAUGCACAGAUUCCUUGGCACGCUUAUCAGCAUUGUAUACUUCUCGAUUAUGGUUAUUAGCUCGCCUGGGUG